AACACUGUCCGCAGCUGACAGGUAGGCUGUAUAUAAACAAUUCCAGUUUACCUUUCGAUCAAAUCCCGCGCCUUUCACGCAUUGUAGAAAUUUUUAUUAAAUUUUAUCAAUGGAUAUCACCAAGCAAAAUUUCCUCGAGCAACUCCCGUCUAUAAGGGAAGCGAUACAGAAUGCAACGUUCUUUGCGAUGGACUGUGAGUUCACUGGACUUGCCUCGGAUCGUACCAUUUUCCCCUUCGAUACGCCGGAAGAAGUGUAUCUGAAGAUGGUGGAAAACAGCCCCCCGUACAUCAUCGUACAGUUCGGGCUGUGUGCGUUCCGGGUGGAACCGCCCGGCGAGGAGGAGGAGAACGAGAAGAAGGAUGGUCAACCGCGCGUAUCCUACCAGUGUUACAACUUCUACUGCUAUCCCAAGGGCCGCACGAAUGUGUUCAGCUGUCAGGGCGAGAGUAUGCGCUUCCUCGCCGACAAUGGGUUCGACUUUAAUCGUCUCUUCCGCGAAGGACUUUCGUACGCCAACGAAACGGAGGAGCAACGCUAUCGGGCGGAUUUGAAAGACCGGCAAGCUACGCGGGCGGCCAACAUUCUCGCUGCGGCGGAGAGUGACCUGACGGAGGAAGAACCGAAGUUGGGGGAAGUGAACGAUGUCAACAUGAUACCGGUGCCUCCCGAACACCAGCAACAGGUGGACGAUACGGCGGCCAGUAUUGAGGAGUUUUUGCAGUCCGAUCGGCAGGAGCUGAUCGUCGGGAGUUGCAAUGCGUUCCAGCGGAAGCUCAUCUAUCAGAUGAUCGAGCAACGGUACCAGCGAAAGGUGUCCACUUCGACGGUUUCGCUCGAGAACAACCAGAAAGCGAUCAAGGUGGAACGGAAACGUUCGACGGAAGAGGAGCAGGCGCUGGAUGAGCAGCGGCGAACGCGCGAGAACGACGAUCUCGAGACGAACGUAGGGUUGUCGCUGGUGCUGCAGGAGCUGGCAAAGGCACGGAAACUAAUCAUUGGCCACAAUAUGCUACUGGAUUUGUUCUACGUGCUGCGCCAAUUCUUUAAACCACUGCCGGCGGACUAUCAAGAGUUUAAGAAGCUGACGAAGGAAUAUUUCCCACUCCUUCUAGAUACCAAGUAUCUAUGCACGAAUGCGGAGAUUAAGGUGAAUGUCAACUCCUCCGUACUAGCACACGUGUACGAUGCGGUAAGCAAGGCACCAUUCUCGAUCCCUAAGGUGCAUCCCGAGCUGCCGGAUUAUCAGUACAGCGUGGAUGACGAGAAAAAGCACGAAGCAGGCUACGAUGCUUACCUUACGGGGUUAUGUUUCUUGGGGCUGGUUAGCAAAUUCAAAGCUAAUCUGCUGCAACUUCCCAAAGAUCCCAACUUGAAACACUAUCUAAACAGAAUUUUCAUCACUCGCCUAACCGACGUGAACUAUAUUUAUUUGAACGGGAAAGAACCCACACAAACGCGGGAACAUAUCUUCUACGCAACGUUCCCAGAAACCUGGCGCACCGGGGACAUCCAGAACAAGUUCAAACCGUUCGGCCCCGUGCACGUUAGCUGGCUGGACAAUACGUCCGCGUUUGUGGCAUUGCACAACCGUAGUGCCGCGAGCUCGGUGCUGAAAAUGAUCGGCUAUCACUCCGGCUUCAAAGUGUACAACUUUGCACAAUUUACGCAAAUGAAACUGCAAGUAUAUAUGCCUUCCUCUUUUGCUAUACACAUUACUUUGAAACCUUUCCUAUCCACGCAUGUACAUGCUGGGUGUAAUUUAUCUUUUCCGUUGCUUUUUGUACUUCUGCAGCGCCCUGGAGCUAAACGAGGACGAAACGGUUCGAGUAGUGCUGGCCCCGGAGAAGAUGCAGGAGUUCGAAGCGCACAACCAGUCAAUCAACGGCCGAGCGGGGAAGAAAAAGGACAAAAAGAAGGCCAAAAAAUAGAGCGUCCGCAAACGAUCACCACUGCCGCCAAGCGGAAGGGUACGGAUGAGGCAACGCCGCCUACGAACGAGGCGGACAAGGAUGCUACUGCUGCCAAGGACGACGAGCACGACAACGACGAAGACAACGGUGGCGGCUGGAGAACGGUUAAAAAGGCGCGCAAAACAUUCACCGAUAAUAACGAUUGGUAGCGAAGGAAAGGGCGCAAACGUGUAGGUGAGUGCUGUUUUUAGAUAAGCGACCUGCAAAAAAAAAACGCGCAUAAGGAGAAUCGUCUCUGGUGCGCCGCACUGUAGUAACCGCACAUUUCAGGACAGACCGUCGUGUGCGGCAUCUUUCUCUUUCUCUCUCUGUCUCUCUCCUGGUCUCUCUGGAGAGCUGCUGUAUACGUGCAAAGGCACCACACACUUGUCGGUAGUGUGUAUGAAAUGUACAAAAAGAAGAAGAAGACAAAAAUAACAAAAUUCUGUUACGA